UCCGGUUGUAGUUUCAAGAUGCAGUCUGGGGAAGGGAAUCUCGGACUAGAGCCACGGCAAACGGCCACCUGCUCUCUAUGUCUUGUACAGUUUGCAAAGUACACGUGCCCAAGAUGCAAUGUGCAGUAUUGCUCCCUCGGCUGCUAUAAAUCAGAGAAACAUGCACAGUGCUCUGAGGAUUUCUAUCGAGAGUGUUUUAUGACUGAGCUUCAGUCCCAGAAGAUAAGUACUGCUGAGAAGAGUAAGAUGAUGGAGAUCCUGAGAAGGGCAGGAGAAGAGGGUAUGGAAGAGGAGGAGGGAGGAGAAGGAGAAUGUGCCACUCUAGAAGAGAGACUUGCUGGUGUGGACUUAGAUGCUGAGAGCCCGGAGGCAGUGUGGAACAAACUGAGCAGGUCAGAGCAGGAGCAGUUCCGGGCUGCAAUGGCCAGUGGCCACCUCUCCUCUCUCAUCCCUCUCCACACUCCCUGGUGGAGGGUUGUGAAACCAGUAGUUGUUAUUGAUAAGACUGGAGAAGCUGAUGUUGUUUCUGUUCCAGACAUUCUGCCAAACCUUCCCCCACUGGGUACCCUUGUCAAAGAUGGAAAGGCCUCUCCUCUAGUUCGCUACAGUGUCCUGAACGUACUCUAUGCUUACGCAUUCACAGUGAGACUGUACAAUGGAGAGCACCGUGACCUACCUGUGGAUGCUGCUCAGACAGUGCUGCGGGUGUCCAGUUGCCUGUCAGACAAUGCCUCAUACUCCAUGGCUGGAGAGGCCAUCACACAUGCAGUCACAACUGUACAGCAGAGUAAGGAGCUGGCCAGGAGUGGUGAGGUGGCUGUCUCGGUGCUAGAGGAUGUCAGCCUCAUCCUCUGCAGUCCACGGCCACUGUCUCGCUGCUCUGCCCCCCAUGCCUUGUCAGACCUCCAACGUCUCCUCUCAUCUGCUGCCGAUGAACUCCACUCCGUUAAGGAGUCCAAGAAAGACAUAAAAUUGUUGAAGAUGGGCAGUAAGAAGGUCUAUUUCCUGACUGUGUGGGCCUUGGAGAAUGUUGUGGAGUUGCAGUGUCUUGCUAGACUGGUGGAUAUUGAACAUGAAGCAAGCAGAAAAACAUGGAAAGCUGCCAGAACUCAUUGUAGGAAAAGCACUAACUCAAAACUUGUCACUGAGAUAUUAUAACUGUAUGGGAUGGGGGACUCUUGCCUGUCCUAAUGAU